CCAUUUCCCCCUUCUAUACGGUUUGUAGGGCUGGCUCUGGACAGCUACUUGGAUUCCAGCCACCAGUCGGCGGUGCCCUCUGUGGCUCUGUCUCGGGUGGCUGGAGGAUCAGUGCAGUCAUCCUCAAGCUCUGGUAUCUUUUUCCAAGGAGAUGGGCAGUUGCAGGUCCCAGUGCACUCCCACUUGAAUUCUUCUUUUGGGAACUCGUCGAAUUCUAUUCCAGGUGCAGGGCAUUCAAAUUUGGGCCUGGUUUCUGGAGACAUGAAUAGGGCGGUCUUGAACAGCACAACAAACUCAGGACCAAGUGUUGGAGCAAGUUCAUUAGUCACAGACGCCAAUUCAGCACUCUCUGGAGGACCUCAUCUGCAGAGAAGCACUAGCAUCAACACAGAAUCUUAUGUGCGCUUACCUGCAUCACCCAUGUCAUUCUCGUCCAAUAAUGUAAGCAUUUCGGGCUCUUCUGUGAUAGAUGGAUCCUCCAUAGUGCAGCAGAGCCCUCAUCAAGAUCAGAGCUCUCAGCAAAUGCAACAGAGGCAGCAACAGCAAGGGGCCUCCACUGCUUCAUCACAUCCAACACCACAAACAGGCCAAGUUUCAGUUCCUACUGGCACCCAUAUCCCAAGUUCCUCAUCUCAGGAACCAAAUAAUCUAACCCAGAUGCAAAAGAAACCCCGGCUAGACACCAGGCAGGAAGACAUCCUGCAGCAGCAGGUUAUCCAACAGCUACUGCAGAGACAUGACUCCAUGCAGUUUCAAGGUCACAAUCCACAGUUACAAGCCUUGAUUCAGCAGCAGAGACUACGCCAGCAGCAACAACAGAUUUUGCAGUCUAUGCCACAGAUGCAGCGGGCCCACUUGCAGCAGCAGCAGCACCAACAGCUUAGACACCACCUGCAACAGCAAGUAAUACAACCACUCUCUACCACAAAGCGCCCACAUGAGAAUGGUGUAUGUGCUCACCGGCUAAUGCAGUACAUUUAUCAUCAUCGUCAUCACCCACCUGACAAUAGUAUAGCCUAUUGGAGGAAGUUUGUGGCAGAAUAUUUUGCUCCUCGUGCUAAGAAAAGGUGGUGUCUAUCUUUAUAUGAUAAUGUUGGACAUCAUGCCCUUGGUGUUUUCCCUCAGGCAGCUAUGGAUGCAUGGCAUUGUGGCAUUUGUAAUUCUAAAACAGGAAGGGGAUUUGAGGCAACUUAUGAAGUACUCCCAAGGCUUAAUAACAUAAAGUUCGACAGUGGUGUUAUUGAUGAGCUUUUGUUUGUGGAUAUGCCACGUGAAUGUAAGUAUCCUUCAGGAAUAAUGAUUCUGGAGUAUGGAAAAGCAGUUCAAGAAAGUGUUUAUGAACAUCUCCGUGUUGUUCGUGAGGGUCAACUUCGUAUUGUAUUCACUCAUGAUUUGAAGAUUCUGUCUUGGGAAUUCUGUGCACGACGUCAUGAGGAACUUUUCCUCCGUAGGCUGGUGGCACCACAGGUGAAUCAGUUGGUGCAGGUUGCACAAAAAUACCAAUCUGCUGUUUCUGAGAGUGGAGCUGCUGGGCUUUCAGCACAGGAUUUACAGGCAAACUGCAAUAUGUUCCUGACAGCUGGGCGUCAGUUGGCAAGACAUUUGGAGUUACAAUCACUUAAUGACCUGGGAUUUUCAAAAAGAUAUGUUCGAUCGCUGCAGAUAGCUGAAGUUGUAAGUAGUAUGAAAGACUUAAUAGAUUUCAGUCGGGAGCACAAUAUUGGACCUAUUGAAGGCUUGAAGAAUUAUCCUCGACAGGCUUCUACAGCCAAGCUCCAAAUGCAGAAAAUGCAGGAAAUGGAGCAGUUAGCAAGUGCUCAGGGUCUGCCAACUGAUCAUAACACCCUUAAUAAACUUAUGGCAAUGCAUUCUGGAUUAAGCAACCACAUGAAUGGUAACCACAUGGUAGGAGAUGGAGUUUUGAGUGGCACUGCACAGGCUGCAGUUGCACUGAGCAAUUAUCAAAAUAUGCUGAGGCAGAAUUCUAUGAACUCAAACCCUAAUGUGCUCCAUCAGGAGGCUUCAUGUUCCUUCAACAAUUCUAACCAAGCACUCUCUUCUCAAUUUCAAGGUCAGAGGUCUUUGGUUCCAGGAUCUAUGCCAAAUGGACCAGUAAAUGGCUUAUCAAGUUCCCACCAGCAGCAGCCUCAACAACCACCACACUCACUGAAUGUUAAUAACCAAAUCCAACAGAACCUCCGACAAUCCUCUCAUGGUAACCAGAACCUGCAGCCACACAUGAUCCAGCAGUUGCUACAGGACAUGGUAAGUAACGGUGGGGGAGGAAUGCAGCAUCAGCAGCAACAGCAACCACAGCAGCAGUGCCAUGGUGGGCAAAAUGCAAGUAGAAGUAUGGGAGAGAAUGUUUUAAAUGGGAUAAGUGGCACCAAGGGUGCUGCUUUGCCAGGGAAGGCUGGGACGGCAGGUAUGUUUGGAAAUGGGCUAAGGUUUGGGAACAUCGCUGCUGCUUCUGCAACCUGUGUUGCCGGUAGCUUUGUGGGAAUGACACCAAACAGGAGCAACAGUUUCAAAGCUGCUUCUAACAGCAUCUCGUCAGGGGUUGGUGGCAAUAACAGCUUCAGUGAAAGAAUGGCGGAUAUGCCACAGAAUCUUCAUUUGCCUGAAAUGGUCCAGGAUAUAUCUCAUGAUUUCACAGAUAACGGGAUGUUUAACAGUGACCCUGGGGACCUGGGUUAUGGCUGGAAGGCAUGACAACUGAGUAUGUGCUAUUUAUUUGACUGUUACUAUGACCAACGUCGGGGAAGUGACCCAGCAUGUACUUUCUUUUUUUGUACAGGACUCGGGAGUUUUUUAAUGACAAGAGUCUUGGCGUUUGUCCUUGUAUUAACAUGUUCUGGUACCCUGGCUUUCUGUCUUUAAGCUUUUACGAGUUUGGCAGUUUUGAGGUUUGCCAUUUCUAAUUUCACCAAGUGUAAUCUAAUCAUCUCACCAUCUUGAUUCUUGACACUUACAGUUAUAUUUAUGCUAUGCUAUAUUAUUCCUCGUUGCAUCA